CUGCUCCAGGCCUCCAGUCCGGUCGCGGUCUCAAAAAUCGAACGUGUCCAGCCACUCCAGCCAGUCCCAGUGCGGCCAGUGCGCUCGGCAUUCUCGGCGGGCGCGCACGUCUGUAAAAGCUGAAAUUUCAUGCAAGCGAAGAAAAGCUGGCGUUUACCCCCACUCCAUCACAACACAAAGCAGCGUUGAAAAGCUGACGCUACCGCCUCUUCCCUUUUCAUGGAGCGAAGAAAAGCUGGCGUUUUACCCCCACUCCACGCAAUGCAAAGUAGCAUUGAAAAGCUAACGCUACUUAACCUAACAAGUUAACUCCGUAUAAUAAAAUGGAUUAUUCCAAUUAUUAUAGACAGUAUAUCGAAUACGUGGAGUGUUAUAGACGUACAGUGGCAGCUACAGUUGCAGCAGAGGUCAUAAAGAGGCGACGCAUAGCUGCUGCAGCUUUUAUGAUGCAUUUAUCAAAAAAGAAAAAAAUAUAUGAGAAGAAAAAAUAUUGGGUAGCACCCAUUUUCGAAAAUCGUAACGAGCACCGUUUUUUCUUUGCGUCGGUCCCGAGAUUAAGAUUGGAGGAUUUACGAUUUCAUAAUUAUUUUCGAAUGAGUGCAACUCAGUUUGAAGAAUUGUUGGGCAUGAUUGGACCAACAAUACAGAAGCAGGACGUCGUUCGACAAUGCAUCUCACCAUCUGAACGGUUGGCAUUAACAUUGAGAUUUCUUGCUUCCGGGGACUCUGUGACAUCCCGAGCAGCACAUUAACAUUGGUC